AGCCUAUACAGCGAACGUUCCAUUUACUGCUUUCAAAAUUUGUUUUGUUUCCCGUCCGUAUAUCAGCCAUAUCCCGUUUGGACUGAUAGCGUUUGCAUGCUUUCGCAAAUGGCGUUUGUUUUUUUUUGUAAUUUGUUACUUGUUUAUUUUUCGACUUUUUACUAAUCGGCGAAUUAUGUCAUGAUUAAAACGAAACACACAAUUCGAUUCUUACUAGUGAAGCAACUGUUGACUUUUAGCUAAGCAAUUCAUUUUCGAGGGAGGGAGAUAACCGAGAUAAGGGCGUGCUAUUUCAUAUAUUUAUUUUUUUUUAAACUUAAAACCGACAGCCUAAACGGAGAGAUUGUAUGUAAUGCUGAAUCUUGUAAAAUAAAGUUGCAUAUAGCCAAUAUGGUAGUUCUAAGUAGCGCAGUUGAAAACUGCAGAAAUAUAUGACCGAACACUUUCAAAAUUGUGCUUCCAUGGGCACAAUGUAAAGUCAGGAUAAGACUGUACCACAUUUUAGCAUUUUUUUAAUUCUCGAAUGGCUUUAUGCCAUAUGACAGUAUUUUCUAUAAUACCUGAUAAGAUAAGAAUUUGACGAUAUAUGACGUUGUAGACUAGUUAACCCAUAUGUAUGUACCCAUUUGUAUAGCGAAUAAACAACAUAAACAUCACUCCUUGCAAAAUGUGGCUAAAAUUUUUGAUUUCAAAUCACUUAAUGUGGGCUCUUUUUGCGCUUACGCCGACUGUCUCGUCAGUGAAAGAUAACCCAGCCAACAGUAAUGGACUUUCUGCUUACACAGAAAGCUGUCCCGACUAUUUUAACAACGACGUUCGUGUUCCUUGCUAUUUCUUGUUGGAAAAGUGCUACUGUUUUUCAACACAAUUGUUUCUCAUGACGUGGAAUGAUGCUAAAUACUACUGCCGGCUUAACAAUUACACGCUGAUAAGUAUAGAAACAAAAAUGGAGGAUGAUGUGAUUCACCAACAUAUUAACAACACAGAAGGCUUAAUCGAGCAACCAUGGUUUUGGACUUCAGGUUCCUACAAUGAGGAUCAAUGGAAAUGGUCCACUGGACCGUACCCUGGCCAGCCUUUUACCUACUCUAACUGGGCCUCUACAAGACCUGUGUAUAACCUUGAUGGUUACUGUACCGAAAUCAAUUAUAGUACGUUUCAAGGUGGAUGGGCUGACUUUCCAUGUGAUUUUACAAAUUUUUUUAUAUGUGAAGGAAAUGUAACAUUACCAGUUUAAUUGAAUUGAACCAAAUUUCACAGUUACGGUCGAACGUAGCAGGCGAAGUCUGAAA